CCAUUCAUGAUGGAUUUGAUAUGCAGUUUGGUGUUGGUAUUCUUCGUGUUAAAGAAGGCUUUCAAUGUGACCCGAAUUUUGUGGACCCUCCACGGAAAGAAAUUGAAGAAGAACCUCCCGAAGAAGAGCCAGCUCCGCGACGUUACGAUGACGAUGACAUUGAGGAACCUACUACUCCAGAACGCCGUCCAAGUAUCUUUGACAGUACCCUGCUUCAGGCCAUGGAUGAUAUUAUAGCCACGCCGGACGUCAUCCAUGAGAGUAUUGUGAAGCCAGAUAACUUUUCUGAGGAAACCCUCAAAAUGAUGAACCGGUUCAAUGAAAAGCAGAAGAAGGGCACCAUUGAUGUUUGGUGGCUCUUUGAUGAUGGAGGUCUGACUCUGUUGAUUCCAUACUUGAUUUCCCUGGAAUCUAACUGGAAUAAAAACAAGUUACGGGUAUUUACUGCUGGGACCAAGAAGGGAGAACUGGAUCGUGAACAGCGACAACUUGCAACGUUGCUAAGCAAAUUCCGUAUAGAAUGCAAAGAUAUGACUGUGAUUCCAGAUGUUGGCAAGAUUCCGCGGAAAGAGAAGAGGCAAGAAUUUGACAAUCUUCUUGAAGGUUUCAUCUUGGAUGAAGAGAAAGGGGAAACUAAAGAGAAGUAUCCAUGGAAAACAACUCGUGACCAAUUGAAACUUCUUAAAGAUAAGACAAACCGACACAUACGAUUAAGGGAGUUAUUGUUGCAACACUCCUCUGAGGCCAGUUUAAUUGUUAUGACUUUACCAAUGCCCCGAAAAGGCACCUGUUCAUCUGGUCUCUACAUGGCCUGGAUAGAUACUCUCACAAGAGACAUGCCACCAAUUUUGUUGUUGAGAGGAAACCAGAAGAGUGUUUUAACUUUUUACUCCUAGAAGUUUGCAGUUUUUUUUUUUUUUUCCAAAUUAUAUAUUAAUAAUAUCAUUAUUAAUAUUAUUAUUAUUAUUAUUAUUAUU